CGUGGUAUGGACCGGAAGAGGCGGAAGCGGCGGUAGGCAUCGGUACGCGCCGUGAUUGAAGUAUACUUCUGUAUGUGAGGGAUGUUUCGGUAUGUCAAUCUUGAGCCAAAAUGCAGAUGUAGAAGACGACUGUCUCUUUGAAGCAUAUCUUGACAGUGUCAAAAAUAUUUCUGUUCUUCUGAAAGCUGUGAAUUUUAAAGAUAAUGGUAUAUGUUUUGCAACCGACAAGGGCCUGAAAGUGACCGUAGAAGAUUCGAAAUGUGUCCAAGCCAGUGCAUUUAUUCAAAGAGAAGUUUUUCAACAUUACACAUUGAAUGAUGAGCAAGUGGUAUUCAAAGUAAAUAUCUCAGUUUUAGUAGAAUGUCUCAACAUAUUUGGAGGAUCAGCCACUGCACUUAAAAUGUGUUACCAAGGAUAUGGCUUCCCACUUACAUUGUUAUUAGAAGAAGGUGGAGUCAUUACAGACUGCAGUAUUAGGACAUUAGAAGCAGAGGAAAUACUUGAUUUCAAUUUCUCUGCAGCCAAUGUCCUCAACAAAAUCAUUCUUCGAUCAGAAUGUCUUAAAGAAGUAUUUGCAGAACUAGACACCUCCAGCGAUCUGAUAGAAAUUUUACUGUCGCCUGAUCCACCUUAUUUUCGAAUUACUACUGCUGGUACUGCUGGAGAUACUAAGAUUGAUAUUCCAAAGAAUAGCGACAUGAUUGAGACAUUCCAGUGUACAACACUUGCAACUUCCAGGUACAAGCUGUCUCAUGUAAAGCCAUCUUCCAAGUCCCUUGCAGUGUCUCAGAAAGUGUCAAUCCGAACUGAUGACAGGGGUCUCCUCUGCUUCCAGUAUAUGAUUCCUGCAGAUAACCACACAUGUUUUAUUGAGUACUGUUGUACUCCAGUAGCAGACAUUGAUGGUGAAUAUGACGAAUGAUGGACAGUAACAAUAAUCACAGAAAUUCAGAGACAUCAGUCUGGUAUAAUGUUAAUUCAUAAAAUGUUACAAGUUUUAUAUCUUAAAUCAGUGUUGAUCCAGUAUUUUAAUUUGAAUUCAUUUCAGAACCAUAAAUGUGUACAUGUGAAGUCAAACCUUUGUACAUUUUAUAAUUUAUUUUGUGAAAUCUUGUUUUCUAAAAAGUUAAUGAUGAUUGUGGUGGUUAUAAACCUAGGCUUCUCUUUUUUGUGUAAGGAUAAGAGAGGAGAACAUCAGUGUGUGUUAGUUGCUGACCAGGCAUUGUUUCAUCAACUGAAGAAAAGAAACUUGUAUCCCAUGAUAGGUGUUUCAUAUGUGUGGUUGACACUAGUCUUGUGACACUGACCUAUUUUUAAAUGUGAAUUAGUAAAAUAAAAGAACAUAUUAUGAUUAACAAAGUUUUUAAUUCAUGUUUA